AUGGAUCUCACUCCAGAGAGCGGAUCGCUCUUAACAAAGCCCAACGAUCAAGAAUAUGCCGUCUCAGAACGCAAACCAUCGCUCUACAACCCCCUCACAACCUACCAUCUCCCACGGGGUGAAGCCAAACACUACCAGCAACAAUUCGCGGACAUGUACUUCGCGCGGCUAGCGCAACUCAAACCAGCGGUGAAAUCCGUCGCUACGGAAGCAUUCUCAGAGUUCGAAAUUAGCGGCGAACAAGCUCGCUACGUCGACCGAGUGUUAGAUGUCCGCCAGGGAGAUCUCUGCUGGGUGAUCGGCACCGUCUACAUGGAUAUGCCGUUGAAACCGAAUGUGCUUGAUGAUUUGGGGAAAGAGCAUUGGAUUGCAGCGCCACCGCCAAGGGAGAGGUAUACGGGCGCGGGCGAGGAGGUCAUGUUGGAGGAUGAGUCGGGAAGGUUGCGGCUGACUGGGGAUGCGUUGAAGAGUGUGGUGCUUGUUACGGGGACGAUUAUUGCGGUGCUGGGGACGGAGAACAAGGAUGGUGAUUUCGAGGUUUUGGAUUUGCGGACGCCGGAUUUACCACGGCAACCGACGAGGUGGGAACGAGACGAUGGCGAUGCUGCGAUUAAGGGCAAGAGCGUGCUCAAGAAGAGAUCGGCGAGCGGGAAAGUCGCAAUCGUCUCCGGUCUAGCUUUCAGUGGAGACGAAGGCGAUUCAUUCGCAUUGGACCUAUUACAAGAAUGGCUCAUGGGCGAGAUCGCUUCAGCAUCGGGGCAGACCUCAGCAGCCGACAUCUCACGGCUCAUCAUCGCGGGCAACUCCUUCUCGCACAGCUCCCCGAUCCCGUCAAGGGAAGAUGCGAUCGCGGCCAAAAAGUCCAACAUCAAAAAAUACGGCUACGACGCCGCCAGCUACAACGCCGCGCCCUCGGAUCGUCUAGAUCUCUGGCUCUCCGCCCUCCUCCCAUCCCUCCCCAUAACGCUCCUCCCAGGGUCCACGGAUCCCACCUCGACCGUAAUGCCGCAACAGCCCAUCCACGCCGCCAUGUUCCCGCACUCGCGCGCCUACAUGGAACUCGGCGGGGCGACCUCGCAAAAGGAGCCAAGGCCGCCGAGUUGGUUCGACAGCACGACGAACCCCUGCGAUUUCGACUGCGACGGCUGGCGCUUCCUCGUCGGCGGCGGCCAGACCCUCGACGACAUCCUGAAAUACAUCACUCCCGCCUCCCCCACCGCCGGCCCCUCAAAUGACGAGCGGACGGAGAUGAUGGAGGCCAUGCUCCGCUGGCGUCUCGCCGCCCCCACCGCACCGGACACACUCCCCUGCUACCCGUUCCAGGACGGGGACAAAUUUGUGAUCAAGGAGUGUCCGCAUAUCUACAUCAUGGGGAACCAGCCGCGGUUCGAGACGGGCGUGAUUGAGGGGCCGCAGGGGCAGGAAGUUCGCUUGAUCAGCGUGCCGAGAUUCAGGGAGACGGGCGAGGUGGUGGUUCUCGAUUUGGAGAGUUUGGAGGUGGAGAUUGUGAGGAUCGAGAUCUUCUCCGAUGAGGAUGGGGGAGGGGAAUGA